GACCUCCCCCCCCUCUACCCCCAGAAUGGCCUAUUCUGAGGAGCAAGGAGGUAUUCCCUGUGGUUUCAUCCGCCAGAAUUCCGGCAACUCCAUUUCUUUGGACUUUGAGCCCAACACAGAGUACCAGUUUGUGGAGCAAUUAGAAGAGCGCUACAAAUGUGCCUUCUGUCACUCAGUGCUUCACAACCCCCACCAGACGGGGUGUGGGCACCGCUUCUGCCAGCACUGCAUUCUGUCUCUGAGAGAAUUACAUGCAGUGCCACUCUGCCCUGUAGAUAAGGAAGUUAUCAAAUCUCAGGAGGUUUUUAAAGACAAUUGCUGCAAAAGAGAAGUCCUCAAUUUAUAUGUAUAUUGCAAAAAUGCUCCUGGAUGUAAUGCCAAGAUUAUUCUGGGACGAUACCAGGACCACCUUCAGCAAUGCUUAUUUCAAGCUGUGCAGUGUUCUAAUGAGAACUGUCGGGAACCAGUCCUUCGGAAAGAUCUGAAAGAGCAUUUGAGUGCAGACUGCCAGUUUCGCGAGGAAAAAUGCCUUUACUGCAAAAAGGAUGUGGUAGUAAUCAAUCUACAGAAUCAUGAGGAAAACUUGUGUCCUGAGUACCCAGUGUCUUGUCCCAACAAGUGUUUGCAGAUUAUUUCAAGAACUGAGGUCGAUGAACACCUUGCUGUGUGUCCUGAAGCGAAACAAGACUGUCCUUUUAAGCACUAUGGCUGUACUGUAAAGGAUAAACGGGGGAAGCUGCAGCAGCACGAGCAUUCAGCCUUGCGGGACCACAUGCUUCUCGUUUUAGAAAAGAACUUCCAAUUAGAAGAACAGAUUUCUGACUUAUAUAAGAGCCUAGAACGAAAAGAAAGUAAAAUCCAGCAGCUAGCAGAAACUGUAAAGAAAUUCGAAAAGGAGUUCAAGCAGUUUGCACAGCUGUUUGGCAAAAAUGGAAGCUUUCUCUCAAAUAUCCAGGUUCUUGCCAGUCACAUUGACAAGUCUGCCUGGCUAGAAGCUCAAGUACGUCAGUUAUUACAAAUGGCUAACCAGCAGCAAAAUAAAUUUGAUCUGAGGACUUUGGUGGAAGCAAUUGAUACAGUGAAGCAGAAAAUUACCCUGCUAGAAAGCAAUGAUCAAAGAUUAGUUGUUCUGGAAGGGGAGACAAACAAACAUGAUGCCCACAUUAAUAUUCAUAAAGCACAGCUGAAUAAAAAUGAAGAGCGAUUUAAACUGCUAGAAGGCGCCUGCUAUAAUGGCAAGCUCAUCUGGAAAGUGACAGACUACAAGAUGAAGAAGAGGGAGGCGCUGGACGGCCACACGGUAUCCAUCUUCAGCCAGCCUUUCUACACCAGCCGGUGUGGCUACCGGCUCUGCGCUAGAGCAUACCUGAAUGGGGACGGGUCUGGAAAGGGGACGCACCUGUCGCUGUACUUUGUGGUGAUGCGAGGAGAGUUUGACUCACUGUUGCAGUGGCCAUUCAGGCAGAGGGUGACCCUGAUGCUUUUGGACCAGAGUGGCAAAAAAAACCACAUUAUGGAGACCUUCAAGGCUGACCCCAACAGCAGCAGCUUUAAAAGACCUGAUGGCGAGAUGAACAUCGCCUCUGGCUGUCCCCGCUUCGUGGCUCACUCCACUUUGGAGAAUGCCAAGAACACCUACGUUAAAGAUGACACCAUGUUCUUGAAAGUGGCUGUGGAUUUAACUGACCUGGAGGAUCUCUAGUCACUGUUUCUGGGAUCAUAGAGGACUUCUUGGGCCCAGAACCAUGGAGGAGGAAACUUUUGAUUAUUAUAGUGGCUGAAUUUAAACCCAGGACACAUUUGUAUUUAAGGCUUUUUGCCUUUAGUGUUUGAAGUCAGUUUAAAGCUUCCUAAGUGCCAUCUUCUUUUUACAUUUUUACUUGGUCCCAGCUUGGAACUUAAAACAUUUAGGAUAUCCUCUCGUUAUUUAUAUUUUUCUAGCUCUUGAAAGAUGGUGAGUUUCCUCAAAGCAAGGUUUGGGGCUCCUCUCUUCUACUGGUGCUUAGCAUGGGGUCUCAGGGUAGGCACUGUGUCAUGUAAAUGUUAAUGAGCACACAGACAUAGAAUUCCCAGUUGAAACGCUUUGGUACAUUAUCAUUUGGCCUGCUGAUUCCAGACGUGACCAUGAGCCUCCUGUUAGGGUAAGUUGUUCCAGAUCACUGGAUGGAUGAUAUACUUACAAAGACAAUAUGUCCAGUUUGAACAGACUUUCUUUGGUCAAAUGCUAAAUUCUACACCUCUAAAUAUUUUCAUGAAAUCCGCCAGUAGUCAGCAAGCACAGUUUUGCAAAGCUGCAUAAUAAUUGGCUAAUAGAUCUUCAUUCUCUCUGCUGAAGUAAACCAGAAAGUACCUUAUAGCAUACAUAUAAGUCUAUAUAAACAUCUAGCUACAGUUCAGAUUUUAUUAGGUUCAACCAUGUAAUAAAACUAUUUUCAUGGGUCAAAAACAGCAAAAUAUUAAUAGUUUCUAAAGUUUAACUUAAUAAAUGUAUAUAUGUAUAUGCAUACAAAUAACUUAAAGGUAUUUUGGUAAUAAUAGUAAUGCGAGGAUGGAUAGAAUUUAGCAUAUGAUGGAGAAAAUGUCAUAAAUGGGUAAGAGGAAUUUAAAACCUAGGGAAGACACCAUUAUAAGUUCCUGUGGUGUCAGUACUCCCAUUCAACCCUGAGUGCUAAAAACAAUAUCUGUUAUUUUUUAAGGAAAUUUUGAAUUCAUAAAUUGGUAUGAAAACAGGCAUUUACAUGAACUUGUGGCUUUUCUUGUUAAAGUCCUAAGUACUUUGUGAACAGAAGUGAUUACGAUCUUAUGCAUCUAUCUAUACGAGCCUAAAGGUGUAUGUACAAGUCGAGAAGAGUCCUUCUGACUCUUGAUAAGCCUGAGCUUAACAAAAAUACCUAGUUUACCUGAGCCCUAACUGAUUGUUAUACAACUGAGCAUUACUUACACUUGGCCUGGCUCUCUUGAGCAUGCAAGGACAAGUGCCAUGGGCUGAGAGUCACUUAGUGCAGCUCACUCAGAUGAUGACCUGCACCUUACAACUUCUAAACAGUAAACCUGAAAGAACAAGCAUGAUUUAUACCAGUGGCUUCUGGAAUAAUUGGAACUUUCUUAAUCUCUUUCGUGAAAUAUUUCAAGACGCUAAAGUCUCAUAGGGCAGAGAAAUAAGUUCACAGUGGAAAUAUACUAAAGAACUACACUGUAGCUGCUGGUGAAUCCUGAUAUGGCUGACAGUCAACAAGUCACCUCAGACUAACUGAGGAAGCCUUUCUCUAGACCACACAGGUUGUUCUGCAGUGUUUGUUUUCAACAUUUCUAAUGAAGUCCAAGGUCACCCUCGAACUCCGUAGGAGCGGAAGAUCGUAUUGUUGUAACUGGUUUUAAGUAAUUGAUGUGAAAAACAUUUUAAAGUGAAUUUCUCAAAAUACCAGUUUUGUGUUUUAACCAACUUCUCUGCAUAAAAAAUGUAAGUCAUGGCAUGAUUUGCUUAGAGUCGAGAGUUCCUUCAUCAUUGAAUUAGUGUUCACAGAAGUACUCCUUUCCCACAAAGAGUUGUGAUUUUUGUUUUAAAGAAGUGGUUCCACAUAAACUAUUUUUCUUCUUUUA